CCGGUGUUGCUUUGGCUCCUGAUUUGCCAGCUCUCCACGGUAACUAUGAAGAUCCUGUUUGUGAUCCUGGUUUGCCUGAUCCUGAUUCUCGGCAGCUGUGCACAGAAGCCUCAUCCCUGCAGGGCUCCUCCAUUGCUUGAGGGGAAACUCACUGUGCUCGUCCCAGGGGAGAAGAUACGUGUUUAUGAGAAAUUCUAUUAUGAUGCCAUUGGGCAAAAUGUUUGCGUUGUAGCCUAUGGAAAGGAAGACAACAAGACCAUCUUUGCAGACAGGCUUUUACUCUUCAGAGAGGGUGUCAAGUAUGAUAUCCACUAUCACAACCAGACCUGUGUUAAGACGGCAUUAAAGGAACCGUUCGUACCUAUCGAGGUUCCCCAUGAUGCCCACUUCUUGCAUCAGUUAGUAAUAGGUAGCAGCUCUAGACCAGGAGAAGGACUGCUUGUUAAUAACUGGGAAGGAAUUGUGCCUCAAACAAAAGAGCACUACUUCAUGUCCUUCACUGAGUUUGGCUGUCUACCUAUCUACAGCAUAUAUUUUACAGAGAAAAUGGAUGUAGACAUUAUGACAAGCUUCUAUGACCUAGUCAAUGGAAUAGAGGACCCUGAGGUCUUCAUCCCUCCAUCAUUCUGUGAUUCUGUGAAACCGCUGGAAGCCAAAGAUGACAAAGUGACAAACUUCUUUAAAGCUCUCCUAUAA